GGAGCCCUGGCCGCUACCGCCAGUCGGCGCCGCCCGGAGCCGGGAGCGCGGCUCCAGCAAGGCGCGGGCUGUGGGGCCGCCGCGUGCCUGGCCCCGCUUGCCCGUGCCGGCCGCUCGCCCGCCAUGCCUGGUUUCGACUACAAGUUCCUGGAGAAGCCCAAGCGACGGCUGCUGUGCCCACUGUGCGGGAAGCCCAUGCGCGAGCCUGUGCAGGUUUCCACCUGCGGCCACCGUUUCUGCGACACCUGCCUGCAGGAGUUCCUCAGUGAAGGCGUCUUCAAGUGCCCUGAGGACCAGCUUCCUCUGGACUAUGCCAAGAUCUACCCAGACCCCGAGCUGGAAGUACAAGUAUUGGGCCUGCCUAUCCGCUGCAUCCACAGUGAGGAAGGCUGCCGCUGGAAUGGGCCACUACGCCAUCUACAGGGCCACCUGAAUACCUGCAGCUUCAACGUCGUUCCCUGCCCUAAUCGCUGCCCCAUGAAACUGAGCCGCCGUGAUCUACCUGCACACUUGCAGCACGACUGCCCCAAGCGGCGCCUCAAGUGCGAGUUUUGUGGCUGUGACUUCAGUGGGGAGGCCUAUGAGAGCCAUGAGGGUAUGUGCCCCCAAGAGAGUGUCUACUGUGAGAAUAAGUGUGGUGCCCGCAUGAUGCGGCGGCUGCUGGCCCAGCAUGCCACCUCUGAGUGCCCCAAGCGCACUCAGCCCUGCACCUACUGCACCAAGGAGUUCGUCUUUGACACCAUCCAGAGCCACCAGUACCAGUGCCCAAGGCUGCCUGUUCCCUGCCCCAACCAGUGUGGUGUGGGCACUGUGGCCCGGGAGGACCUGCCAGGCCAUCUGAAGGACAGCUGUAGCACUGCCCUGGUGCUCUGCCCAUUCAAAGACUCCGGCUGCAAGCACAGGUGCCCUAAGCUGGCAAUGGCACGGCAUGUGGAGGAGAGUGUGAAGCCACAUCUGGCCAUGAUGUGUGCGCUGGUAAGCCGGCAACGGCAGGAGCUGCAGGAGCUUCGGCGAGAGCUGGAGGAGCUAUCAGUGGGCAGUGAUGGCGUGCUCAUCUGGAAGAUUGGCAGCUAUGGACGGCGGCUACAGGAGGCCAAGGCCAAGCCCAACCUUGAGUGCUUCAGCCCUGCCUUCUACACACAUAAGUAUGGUUACAAGCUGCAGGUGUCUGCAUUCCUCAAUGGCAAUGGCAGUGGCGAGGGCACACACCUCUCACUGUACAUUCGUGUGCUGCCUGGUGCCUUUGACAAUCUCCUUGAGUGGCCCUUUGCCCGCCGUGUCACCUUCUCCCUGCUGGAUCAGAGCGACCCUGGGCUGGCUAAACCACAGCACGUCACUGAGACCUUCCACCCCGACCCAAACUGGAAGAAUUUCCAGAAGCCAGGCACGUGGCGGGGCUCCCUGGAUGAGAGUUCUCUGGGCUUUGGUUAUCCCAAGUUUAUCUCUCACCAGGACAUUCGAAAGCGAAACUAUGUGCGGGAUGAUGCAGUCUUCAUCCGUGCUGCUGUUGAACUGCCCCGGAAGAUCCUCAGCUGAGUGCAGGCAGGGUUUGAGGGGAAAGGACGAUGGGGCAUGACCUCAGUCAGGCACUGGCUGAACUUGGAGAGGGGGCCGGACCCCCGUCAGCUGCUUCUGCUGCCUAGGUUCUGUUACCCCAUUCUGCCUCCCCCAGCCACCACCCUCAGGUGCCUCCAGUUGGUGCUUCAGCCCUGGCCCCUGUGGGGAACAGGUCUUGGGGUCAUCAAGGGCUGGAAACAAGUGACCCUAGGGCCUGUCUCCCUUCUUGGGUAGGGCAGACUUGCCUUGGUGCCGGUAACACAAUACCUGGACUGAGGUGCCUGCUCAGGUGCUAUGUCCCAAGAGCCAUAGGGGGGUGGGAGUUGGGGAUGGAGAAAGGGUAGUACAAAGAGUCUGUCUUGAGAUCUGAUUUUUUUCCCCUUUCCCUAGCCGUGCCCCCUCUGGUUAUUUAUUUCCUUAGUGCCAGGAGGGCACAGCAGGGGAGCCCUGCUUUUUAAUAAACCUGGAAUUGUAUUUAUUAA